AUGGGUACCCGAGUUCUCUACAUGGCUUCGACCGAAAACACCAGGAGUGAUGCACCACCGACUCCAACGAAGCUCUCCUUUUUCGAAGACUCUCUCGAACAAAAUAUGGCCCAACCGAAUGCUUCUUAUAAUAUUCCCCGUGAUUCAUCGCUGAUAUGUGCAAACGCCUUUAUCACCGGUGCGGGGGCAGUAAUGUUCCAUCGAAAGAGUAAGAGAGUCGUUUUGGUCAUCGAUGACCGCGAGGCUCAAAGACCGCUUGGAUGGUUUUUGCCUAAGGGAAGACGGGACGUUGGAGAGACUUUUGAACAGGCUGCGGUACGCGAAGGUGAAGAAGAGGGCGGAUACCCAUGCAGACUUCUUCCCGUUCCCGUUCCCACACGGCAGCCUAAAAAGGUUGCCGACAGGAACGUUUUGUCCACGGAGCCGAUUUAUAUGCACAACUGGGCCAUUCCCUCUAAGAGACUAUGGCAAGAUGGUGGCAUGUAUACCUGCUUCUGGUACGUCUGUGAGAUCACAGAUGAGGACGUAGAAAGGGUUGAACGUGAGAAGCAAGAGAAGGAUAUGCUGAAUAGAGCACAGAUUAACUUAGCGGAAGCCAACGCUACAAGUGAAAAGGUUUUUAUCGACUAUCAUGAGUUAAAAUACCGAUCGGAGUUGUUCGGGUAUGAGGAAGCGAAGAAGUUGAUUGAGGAGUCGAUCGACUCGACGGUGUUUGGGUGUGUGCUACAGACAGCUAUAGAGCUAGUACAGAAGCUGGAUGAGAUGGAGAAUAAAGCCUAG